AUGUUUGCUGUCCACUUGCUAGCUUUCCAUUUCACAAAGCUAAAAGAGGAUCAAAUAAAAAAGGUUGACAGGUACCUGUACCACCUGCGCCUCUCUGACGAUGUCUUGCUGGAUGUGAUGGCUCGAUUCCAGGCUGAGAUGGUGAAGGGCCUGGGCAGAGACACAAACCCCACGGCCACUGUGAAAAUGCUGCCGUCGUUCGUGCGCUCGCUGCCCGAUGGCUCAGAGAAGGGUGACUUCCUCGCUGUCGACCUGGGUGGCUCCCAGUUUCGUGCCCACCAGGUGAAGGUGUUCGAUGAUGGGAAGCAGAGCAGCCUGCUGGAGAGCAAGUUUUACCCCACACCCAAGGAGGUGACACAGGGCAACGGAGCCGAGCUCUUUGAGUACGUUGCUGACUGUCUGUCAGACUUCAUGGAGACCAAAAACCUGAAGCAUAAGAAGUUACCUCUUGGCUUUACAUUUUCUUUUCCAUGCAAACAGACCAAGUUGGAAGAGGGGGUUCUUCUUGCGUGGACAAAGCACUUCAGGGUCCGAGGAGUUCAGGACACAGAUGUGGUCAGCUCUCUGCGCAAGGCCCUGCAGAAGCACAAGGACAUAGAUGUUGAUGUUUUGGCGCUGGUCAAUGACACGGUGGGAACCAUGAUGACUUGUGGAUAUGAUGACCAGCGCUGUGAAGUUGGACUCAUAAUUGGGACUGGCACCAAUGCCUGCUACAUGGAGGAGAUGAGGCACAUCAACCUGGUGGAAGGGGAUGAAGGGAGGAUGUGCAUUAACACGGAGUGGGGGGCCUUUGGAGAUGACGGUGCUUUGGAUGAUCUCCGCACAGAGUUUGAUCGGGAGCUGGAUCUGGGAUCUCUCAAUCCUGGAAAACAAUUGUUUGAGAAGAUGAUCAGCAGCCUGUAUUUGGGGGAACUAGUAAGACUCAUUCUCCUAAAAAUGACAAAGCAAGGUCUGCUCUUCAAUGGGAAAGUGUCAACAGCUCUGCUUACUAAGGGCAAGAUUGAAAUGAAACACGUGUCUGCAAUGGAAAAGUACAAGGAAGGUCUGAGCAACACAAAAGAGAUCCUUACGGAGCUGAACCUGUUUCCCUCUGAGGAGGACUGUGUUGCUGUUCAGCACGUCUGCACCAUCGUUUCCUUCCGCUCAGCCAACCUCUGUGCCGCCGCCUUGGCAGCCAUCCUGACCCGGCUCAGGGAGAACAAAAAGCUGCUGAGGAUGCGAACCACUGUCGGGAUUGAUGGGGGACUCUAUAAAACCCACCCCAGAUACGCCAAACGCCUGCACAAGGUGGUGAGGAGGCUGGUGCCCACGUGCGACGUGCGGUUCCUGCUGUCGGAGAGCGGCAGCGGCCGGGGGGCCGCCAUGGUCACGGCGGUGGCACGCAGGCUGGCCACCCAGCGCCGGCGCAUCGACGCCACGCUCGCACCCUUCCUGCUGCCCCUGGCCACCCUCCAAGAGGUGAAGGACAAAAUGAGGGCUGAGCUGGAAUACGGGCUGAAGAGGGAGACGCAAGCCGACGCCACGGUGAAGAUGCUGCCCACGUACGUGUGUGGGACGCCAGAUGGAACAGAGAAAGGAAAGUUCCUCGCCCUUGAUCUUGGUGGCACAAAUUUCAGGGUUCUGCUGGUCAAAAUCAAAAGCGGAAGAAGAAGAUCAGUGCAAAUGUAUAACAAAAUCUUUGCCAUUCCUUUGGAGAUCAUGCAAGGGACUGGAGAAGAGCUCUUUGACCAUAUUGUCCAGUGCAUAGCAGACUUUCUGGAGUACAUGGGGAUUAAAGGUGCUCGGCUUCCUCUGGGCUUCACCUUCUCAUUCCCCUGCAGGCAAGCCAGCAUUGACAAGGGAACACUUGUGGGAUGGACAAAAGGAUUCAAGGCAACAGACUGUGAGGGGGAAGAUGUUGUUGAUAUGCUAAGAGAGGCCAUCAGAAGAAGAAAUGAGUUUGACCUGGACAUUGUAGCGGUGGUGAAUGACACUGUUGGGACCAUGAUGACUUGUGGAUAUGAGGAUCCAAACUGUGAGAUUGGCCUUAUUGCAGGAACAGGCAGCAAUGUUUGCUACAUGGAGGACAUGAAAAACAUAGAAAUAGUGGAAGGGAAUGAAGGAAAGAUGUGCAUUAAUACAGAAUGGGGAGCAUUUGGUGACAAUGGCUGCAUUGACCACAUCAGGACAAAAUAUGAUAGAGAAGUAGAUGAAGGCUCACUAAACCCAGGGAAACAGAGGUAUGAAAAAAUGACCAGUGGAAUGUACCUAGGUGAAAUAGUAAGGCAAAUUUUGAUUGACUUAACCAAACAAGGCCUGCUGUUCAGAGGACACGUUUCGGAAUCACUCAGGAAAAGAGGCAUAUUUGAAACAAAAUUCCUGUCUCAGAUUGAGAGUGACCGGCUUGCCCUCCUGCAAGUGCGGCGCAUCCUGCAGCAGCUCGGCCUGGACAGCACCUGUGACGACAGCAUCAUUGUCAAGGAGGUGUGUGGAGUUGUGUCAAGAAGAGCUGCCCGGCUCUGUGGGGCAGGGCUGGCCGCUAUUGUGGAGAAGAAGAGGGAGAACCGAGGUGUGGAGCGCUUGCAAAUCACUGUUGGAGUAGAUGGGACUCUGUACAAGCUCCAUCCACAUUUUUCUAGGGUCCUGCGAGAAACAGUGAAGGAACUGGCACCUCAGUGUGAUGUGACUUUCAUGCUUUCUGAAGAUGGCAGUGGGAAGGGAGCUGCCCUCAUCACCGCAGUUGCAAAAAGAUUGCAUAAUGUUGGACAGAAGUAGAAAUGAGUGGUCAAGUAAUUUCAGCACUGCCAGGCGUGUGCAGUAGGGAUUUGCUGGGUGGUGAUUCAAGAUAGCUUUGCCAGACACCAGUACACAGGUACCUUUUUUGGGGGAGCAGCUGGUUUUGACCAACCAGGAUUGUGGAUUUUUGCCCUUUGGUAACUUGGAUUAGGUGUUUCUGCUCUCCUCUGGCAUUAUGUCUUGGCAUACCACAGUCUGCUCAGUCCUGUACUCCCUGCAGCGCAUCUCCAGUGCACAUGGGAGGGUGAAAACAAAACAAACAAAAUCAACCCAAAUGUGUCUUUUUACAUCUUAAUUAAGCUACUGCACCACAGCUGAGUUUAUCAGUUUCUUAGGAUUUGUGUGCUUAGUUUUGUCUUGGCCUGGCUCAAAGAACAUUGAGAUUCUGAUGUUGCCUCUGAUUUAGUGGAUAUAUUUGUUCAGUGCUUCACAGGUUUUACAAUAAAUUUGCAGGUUGAAAU